AUGGAUUGUUAAAGAACAUAUUUAUAUGCUAAUUAAAGAAAGAAGUGCAAUUUCUUUCCACUUAAUAGAGUGGAUGCUAUUCUUGAAAAAUGUGAAGAUGGCUCCAACAUCGGUUCGCAUUUACAGAAAAGAAUGGGAAAAGACCUAUUUGAAGAAGCUAAUUAAUCAAAGAAAGUAUAAACCAAACUGGACAUUACAAAUUUGAAGCAAAAUUACUUUAACUACGCAUAAACCAAUUAAUUUUUUGAAUAGAAAUAAAAUUUGGAACAGAACAUAGAAUUAGAAUGGUCAAAUUCAAAUAAAGUUCUUUAGAGUAAUUUUAUUAAUUCAGAAGAUAUCACUAUUUUGGAAGUUGACGAAAUAAACUACUUAGAAUCAAAUCCUUCUAGAAACAUAUAGAAAUUUAAAAAAAAAUAUUGUCAAAAGAUCAGCAAAAAUAUAAAGAAAUUAGUAAACUGA